UCACUCAUUUUGCGGCGUCUGUCUCACGUCGAAAGUCAACGAAACCACGCGUUGUGUGUUUCGUUAUAUAUAAUUUUUGUCGAGAAAAAGCACGAAAAUGGCGUACAAAGGUCCUCAGAAGGUGCAGAAGGUGAUGGUGCAGCCCAUCAACCUUAUCUUUCGAUAUCUACAAAAUCGCUCGCGAGUGCAGGUUUGGUUAUACGAGAAUGUUAACCUAAGAAUCGAGGGUCACAUCGUCGGUUUCGACGAGUACAUGAACCUGGUGCUGGACGAUGCAGAGGAGUUCUACGUGAAGACGAAAAACAGGAAACCACUGGGCCGUAUCAUGCUCAAGGGCGAUAAUAUUACGCUUAUACAGAACACGAACCCUGGAGCAAAUUAGACCGGCGAACAUAACCUCAAAGAUUCAUUCCUCUGUCAACUAUCUGGACAACGAGAAUACGGAGUACCUGAAGAUGUUGGAUAAGAAGAAAAUCAAGGAUCCAAAAGUUUUUCCAUGUGCCUGUCAACGUAGAUUUUCCUUGACACUUGGAUGCAGCGGGAAAUCUUCGUUUCUUCUCGUGUGGUCCCAAAGUGAUUCUUUGUGAAGAUUUGACCGAAACACAGUGCUUUAAAACUGUUUUUCUUUUAUAAAUCGUGACCAAUGAGUGAUUAUUUUGUAUAAUUAAAUAUGAUCUGUGAAGUUCAGUUUAUGAAGAUCCAAUUACAAUGUUUGAAUAGUCAAAUUUGGUUCAUGUAAAAUAGCAAAGCAAGUUGUGAAUUAUGAAUGAUAGUUUCACCUAAAUUAUCUUUUUUUUGUUUAUUGCGAAUCCAGGAAGUUACGUAAAAAAGUAUAGUUAAAUUAAUGUGAAAAGAGUGUACAAAUUUUCGACUUGAUUCAUUAAAAAAUUUGAA